CCAAUUUGCUAGUGAAACGCACCGCGGCAAGAUGAGCUCGUCGUACGCAGUGCUUUUCGGUGUUGUUGCCGCUGUCUUCAUCGUCGUUGUCUCGCCACCCGAUGUGGCUGCCGCUAAGCGUGAGGCGCCACUGAACAAUGCGUAUCUGCCACCGUCUUCGGGCAGCCGACCAUCGUCCAAGUACGGCGCACCACCACCCAGCUCCUAUUUGCCACCCGCUUCGGGUCCGGCGCCAUCGUUCAAUUCGCGACCAGCUCCGUCCAGCAGCUACUCGGCACCCGGUGCUUCUUCGGGUGGUCCGUAUCCAGCGUCGAAUCAUCACAAGCCCUCCAGCUCAUACGGACCACCGUCGCGCCCAGCUCCAGCGCCAUCCUCGAGCUAUGGUGCACCACCGAGUCGUCCCAGCCAGUCGUAUGGACCACCACCACCCCGGAAACAUCACUCAUCACGUCGUCCCUCAUCCAGUUAUGGUCCACCGAAAUCCUCUGCACCUUCAUCUAGCUACGGUGCUCCAGCACCACCUGCACCACCAUCCAGCAAGUAUGGUCCACCCAAAUCGCCAUCGAGCAGCUAUGGCGCACCAUCUCGUCCAUCCUCCAGCUAUGGGGCGCCCAGCGUGAACAGCUUCGUCCCAUUGCCAUCAGCACCAUCCACCAACUAUGGCGCUCCCUCAAAGACGCAGGUGCUCGGCAGCAGUGGCUACACAUCGGGACCAGGUGCCCCAUCAGCGCCCUCUUCUUCAUACGGUGCUCCCUCGUCGGGCUCUAGCUCUUUCCACCCAAUAUCGCCUCCCUCCUCCAAGUAUGGAGCUCCAAGUGGCGGUUCCAGCUCUAGCAGCAGCAGCUUCUCCACUCACCCAUCGUUCAGUUCGCCAUCCUCAUCGUAUUCCGCACCAAGCCCAAGCGCAAAUAGCGGUGGAUCUUAUCCAGCAGCUCCUUCAAGCUCUUAUGGCGCACCCAGCAAGGGAUCAAGCAGCGGUGGACCUUAUCCAGCCGCUCCCUCGAGCUCAUAUGGCGCACCAAUCUCCAAACCCUCCAGCUCUUACUCUGCACCCAGUCCCGGAGCCAGCAGCGGUGGACCCUACCCUGCAGCUCCUUCAAGCUCGUACGGUGCGCCCAGCUCUGCUCCAUCCAGCUCCUACUCCGCACCAAGCCAUGGAUCAAACAGUGGUGGACCCUAUCCAGCAGCACCAUCUAGUUCGUAUGGUGCACCGAAGCGGGCGCCCUCUAGCUCCUACUCGGCUCCCAGCCCAGGCGCAAGCAGCGGUGGACCCUACCCAGCCGCUCCGUCCAGUUCUUAUGGUGCUCCAAGUACAGGCCCGUCCAGCUCUUACUCCGCACCAAGUCACGAAGCCAGCAGUGGCGGACCUUACCCCGCUGCACCCUCCAGCUCAUAUGGUGCACCAAGUGCACCAGCACCUUCAAGCUCCUACUCCGCACCAAGCCAUGGAUCAAGCAGCGGUGGACCUUAUCCAGCUGCUCCCUCGAGCUCAUAUGGCGCACCAAUCUCCAAACCCUCCAGCUCUUACUCUGCACCCAGUCCCGGAGCCAGCAGCGGUGGACCCUACCCAGCAGCUCCUUCAAGCUCGUACGGCGCGCCCAGCUCUGGUCCAUCGAGCUCCUACUCCGCACCAAGCCAUGGAUCAAGCAGCGGUGGACCUUACCCAUCGGCUCCAUCUAGUUCAUAUGGCGCUCCAAGCUCAGGACCCUCCAGCUCCUAUUCGGCACCAAGUCUCGGAGCCAGCAGUGGCGGACCUUACCCCGCUGCUCCCUCCAGCUCAUAUGGUGCACCAAGUGCACCAGCACCUUCAAGCUCCUACUCGGCGCCAAGCCAUGGAUCAAACAGUGGUGGACCCUAUCCAGCAGCUCCUUCAAGCUCGUACGGCGCGCCCAGCUCUGGGCCAUCGAGCUCCUACUCUGCACCAAGCCACGGAUCAAGCAGUGGUGGACCCUAUCCAGCAGCUCCUUCAAGCUCGUACGGCGCGCCCAGCUCUGGUCCAUCAAGCUCCUACUCCGCACCAAGCCAUGGAUCAAGCAGUGGUGGACCUUAUCCAUCGGCUCCUUCAAGCUCAUAUGGCGCUCCAAGCACAGGACCUUCCAGCUCUUAUUCUGCCCCAGCUCCAGCAGCUCCGUCCAGCUCAUAUGGAGCACCGCCAUCCAGCUCCUACUCAGCACCUAGUGGAGGAGGCAGUAGCGGUGGACCUUAUCCAGCAGCUCCCCCAUCUAGCUCAUAUGGUGCACCGUCCAGCUCCCAUUCAUCCGGUAGCUUCAGUUCUCAUGGUGGCUCUUCUUUCGGAUCCUCGUUCGCUUCGUCAUCAGCCUCAUCGUCAUCCUCCAGCGGCGGUGGUUUCUCCACUGGCCCCUUAUCCUCCUAUAGUGCACCGGCCGCACCGUCGAGCAGCUAUGGUGCUCCUAGUGAACCUUCCUCAUCGUAUGGAGCACCCUCUCAAGACUCUGGAUACUCGUACUCGGCGCCCAGCCAAGUGCCAGAGACCAUUCAGCAGGGCUACAGCUCCAAUGGUGGCUACACUUACCGCAAAUAGUGAGCAAGUGAGCCCAGAUUCGCUCAAGUGCCUUACAAUACUCGUAUCCUCAUCCCACUCAGUUUCGCUUCAUCCCAUAUCAUCAGCUGCUCUCGAAAAACAAAAAAAAACAAGAAAACCCAUAAAAAAAAAGCAACAAAGCAAAAACUGUAAAUUAUUCCCAUAUUGACAAAAUUUCGACCCCGCUUUACGACCCAUUGAAUGUUAGUUGUAAUAUGCG